ACUGUAUAUCUUUAAUGACCCCCUGACAUAAAUUAACACUAUUUCUAUAAAUGCAUAAUACUCGUAUCGAUAAAACAAAACUAAUCGCUUUUUAUUAAUUUCUUUAUAAUUUCAGAUUAAAUAAAAACUAAUCUAACAACAUGUCUUUGGAUGAACAAUUUAAUGCUGCCGCUGAACGCGUCAAGACCUUGACCAAACGUCCCACCGAUGAAGAAUUCUUGGAAUUGUAUGCUCUCUUCAAGCAAGCCACCGUUGGUGAUAAUAACACCAGCAAACCCGGUUUAUUGGAUUUGAAAGGCAAGGCCAAGUGGGAAUCGUGGAACAAACAAAAGGGCAAAUCCCAAGAAGAUGCCAAAAAAGAAUAUGUUGCUUUUGUUGAAAAACUUGUAGCUCAAUACGCUUAAUUACAUAGUUUUAAAAUUUUGUCGCUUUAAUUUUGUAUAUUUUUUUAUAUAUUUUUAUAUAAUGUAAUUUCUAUUUAAAUAAAACAUUUAAACUCCA